AUGGCCACCAGCCGCAAGCGCAAGGCUGACGAGGAAGGCGAUGAGAUGUCCCUCUCCCCCCGAAGCUCUCCGUCCACUUCAUCAAGACAACUUCAGCGCCCGUCGAAAAAGGUUCGCUCAAAUGAACUGGUCGGCCGCCCACUCACCCUCCCCCGACUCCUGGAGACUCUGGACCCGACCGCAUUGCGAACUGUUCUCGAGCGAAUUUGCGAGCGUCACCCUGACAUCGGCCAGGAGGUUGUUAGCAGUGCCCCUCGCCCGACAGUCGCCGCUGCACAUGGCGUUUUGCAAGAGUACCAGGAUAAGGUGAAGGCCGCCAUUCCAUACGGAGAGACUAGUGCCGACUACACCUACUACCGGGUUAAGGCGCCCCUGACGGCUCUUAUCGAUGCACUCCUUGACUUCACUCCGCAAUAUCUCCCUCCCAAUGAGAACCAAGCCACCGUCUCGCUGCAAUACUUGGACGGAGCCACCAAGAUUAUCCACGCCCUUCCGGACUGGGAGCCGCAACAAUAUCGACACCACAAGGAAAGCGCAUAUGACGAAAUUGCAAAGGCCUGGGCCCUGGUCAUCAACGAGGCUGCUAAGCGCGGGGGCGGUCUGAGCCUGCACACUGGAGGAUGGGACCAGACCCUGGCGAAACACCACGAGAUCUCAGGCGGACGCAUGGGCACGGCAAUGAAUGCUAUGGCGGCGAGCGUCAGCUGGAUGGCGAACGGGGGCUCCAAUGGUCAACAGCCCGGCAACCAAUCCUCGGAUCCGAACUCAAUCCUCAACCAGCUCAUGUCUGGCACAUAUGGCGCACCUGUAGACAUCCUGUUCGACAAGAUGCCCGCCCCGGGCGAUCAGCACAGCAUCGUGGUGAACCCUUUCGAGGAGCCACAGAAGCGAAUGAGCGAGUACACGGCACAGGAAAUCGCUACUUUGCAAAGUCGCCUCGAGAAGCAGCUUGGCCCCGAAUACCUAUCCUCACGUUCCGGUCCCUCGGGCCAAAAGGUCCACUACAUCACCGCCGAGAAGUGCAUCGCCCUCGCCAACGAGGUAUUCGGCUUCAAUGGCUGGUCAUCAUCCAUCCAGAACAUCCAGGUCGACUUUGUCGACGAGCACCCGCAGACGAUGAGGAUCAGCCUCGGACUUUCUGUGAUCAUCAGGGUGACGCUCCGCGACGGCACGUUUCACGAGGAUAUUGGGUAUGGGCAUAUCGAGAACUGCAAGGGCAAGGCUGCGGCGUUUGAAAAGGCGAAAAAGGAGGGCACUACAGACGCUUUGAAGAGGGCGUUGAGGAACUUUGGCAACGUGUUGGGCAACUGCAUAUACGACAAGGAUUACCUCGCCAGGGUGAUUAAGAUGAAGGUUGAACCGAAAAAGUUCCACGAGGACGACUUGCACAGACAGCGAGACUUUGUCGUCAAAAGGGUGGAGGAAAAGGCACCAGCGGCACCGGCGGCACCGCCAGCACCACCCGUGAAACUAGAGACCGCGGAAUCGCUCGAAGACCUGAUGGAUGAAGACUUCGACGAUGUGGACUUUGCCAUUUCCGAAGGCGAUCAUCCCGACGAAGUUACUCUCCCAGCAACAACGAACGGCAACUCGAACAGUAGGGCUGCGAGCGUUGCCCCAGCGCCCGUACCUCAGCACAUGCAAGCACCGUCUCGUCAAAUGGGCAGGAGCACGUCAGCAGGAAAUUUAGGAAACAACGGAAAUCAACGACCACCUCAGACACCAAAUCAAGCACAAUCACGACCGGGCCCGUCAACAGGCUACGGCAACCGACCUCAACCACCAAACCAACCCCGCGCACCCUCGAACCCGUCAGGCCCCUCCGCCCCGUCCGCUCCUUCAGCAAAUGCCAACGUGACCACGCCAGGCCAGGCUGGAAACGCCGCCGCCGAACCCAUCGGUUUCUUCUCUGCACGUGCUGUACAGCAAAUCCCAGAAUCUGCUCUGCAGGGGAACAAUGCUGACGCCCCCAUGCUGCUGCCAGCCGGCCAACAAGCCUUCAAUCCAAAGGCAGAGAGCCCAUCCAUACGAAAGACCCCCGGCAUAGACCACUCGAGCUCGAAGCCGCUCUCUAGGUCCGGUCAACACGUCCCGCCUACCCCAUCGCAACAACCAUCUACGUCCGGCUUCACACCGGUGAGACCGGGUAAUGCCGGCCCAGGAGGAGGGGCCGGCAUGCCUCACCCUCAGUUCAGCCAGACUCGCCGUAUCGGAGCUCCUGGAGGCGCUGGUAGUCCCCUGGCCAACCGGAACUCGUAUCGGCCGCCCACGAUGAAGCGUCCUUUGCAGCAAGACGGCGCCGGACGACCUGCCCUGGCUGAUGUAUCGAAUAAUGGGACGUCAGGCAACCCACCUGGCGCACCAGGAGCAGACUCAAAACGUCAGAAGAUGGCUUGA